AUGCCUACUGGCUCCUCUUCAAAUGUCAACCAGAAUCUUUUUCAUCUACGACGAAUACCUCCCAAUAAAUGUCGCUCUGACCCGUCUCGCGGUGUCGAGGCUACUUUAAUAUUGCUUGAUACGUUCACCAAGUUUGGAAGAAAUCCGGAGAAAUGCGACGUCGUUUUAACAUCUUCAGUUUUCAGCUCAUCAAACAUGAUAUCGCGAGAUCAUGCGGACAUCAUUGGCGUGAAAGGUGUAAGUGGUCGGAUUGAGAAGUAUCAUAUUAACGAUCGUUCACUGAAUGGAACGUAUAUCAAUGACCAGAGGGUGAAUAGUACAAUGCAAAUUAUGGAGGGUGACGUUAUUAAAUUCGGUCACAUGAAUGGUGCCGCUGUUCGUCCUGGGCAAACUGCCCCACAGGCUAAUGCAGAGUUUGCCUUUAUGGUGGAACGAGCGAAUCCUUCCUAUGAUUAUAUUGGAUUUGUGGACGGACGUCGUGUACGUCCCGUCACUUGCUCAGGUGACACGGAACAUUGUAUAGAAAUAGAAGGGCGGACUAUCGAUCAUGGAGAUGUUGCUCGUCCUACAGUGAUGCAGUCAGCGAAACUAACUCAUCCGCUCAAUGUACCACAAAAUCUGAAUUCGCCUUGCACUUCUGCCAAUGUUUCUUCAACGGCGGGAAGUAAUCCUAUGGCUGGACUUGUUUGGCCCAGUGCACUGGGCUACAAUCAGUCACUACAGGGAUUCGCAUAUAGUGGAUUCCCCGUAAAUCCAGCUACUUACUUGCAGCACCCUCAAUGGGCACAACAACUGCAAGUUCUCUCUCAACAAGCAGCAGCACAUGCUCAACACCAAUCCGGUUUCCGUGUUCCUGACGUCUUCGGAGCUACUGCUUGUAUGAGUUCUUCGAAUGGUCCUCCGUCUACUUCGGCCUCAACUCUUUUUCCACUUGCAUCACGCGGUUUUUCUCUUCAAAAUAACUUGGUUAAUUCCUUGUUAACCACUGCUGCUCCUGUAAGUAACCAACAAUCUAGUCAACAAUUCCAUCAUCAGCAACAUCUAUCUCAACAGCAAGCUCAACAACAAAUUGUACCAGAUGAGAAAGUUAUUGUGAAUUCUAACACGAUUCAGGCCAAGGAUUCACAGGUAACAGAUAGUACUCCAGCAGCAAAAAUAUCUGUCGCAUCUCCACCAAUGGAAUGUGACAGCUCAGUUCCUAGUCCUCCGAGAUCUACUUGUGCUACUGUAGCUCAGCAGAAUACGCGGCAUACUGCAUCACCGUUAAGGAAAGAAGAAGAUGUUCGUUCGGAACGUAGUUUUGUGGAAUCUCCUCAACCUCCUCGAGCUCCUGCUCCAGCACCCUGGGAUAGUACACCUUCUCCUCGUCCUCGUGAUUACUCUCCUGAUCAAGAAAGUACUGCAACUCGUGAUACGGAGAAAGAUCGUGAUUAUGAAAAAGAGCGAGAAAUGGAGAAGGGAAAGGAAGAGUCGCGGGAACAGUCUGUGAAAAACUCAAAGCAAGGCCGUGCUGUUGUUUCAAAACAGACCCGACCGAGGGCUAAAACUAAUGAGAUUGCUCGCCUUCUUGAUGAUCUGUGCGAAGGCUCAUGGGCGAAUACCGUUCGCCGUGUGUCAUCGAGCUCUCGUCGUCCUACUGAAGAAGCAAUUGUGGAACGUAAUAAAAAUAACGAUAAGAAAAAGAUGGAGAAGAAUCGCAAGAAGGAACGUGUUAAAGAGCAGCGGGCAUCUUUUGCAUCGUCGUCAUCUUUGUCGUCUUUGGCUACACCAAUUCAAACGAAACCUGCACGGAGACGGUUAAAGCAACUUAGCGAUGAUUCUAGCAAUUCCGAUUCGUCCAGUGAUUCGGAUAUUGUGGUUAUAUCCUCGCGAAAAUCCAUGCCGGAGAAGAAGCGGUUCGAUACGAAAAAGAAGCACAACACAAGCAUUAUAUUGGACACAUCGUCUAGUAGAUCAAGUGACUCCGAUUAUGAAGGACGUAUGUUUUUGAAGAAAGGAAAAAAGCGAAGAGUUUUAGUAGGAGAAAAGAAGUACAUGGACAAGAAGAAGACAAACCCAACAAACUCUCUGAGUUCGGAUGGAAAGAAGAAAGGAAAGAUGGUGGAACGAAAAUGUGAAGACACUAACACGGAUGACGACGCAAUAACGCAGCACGACCCAACAACCACAUGUGCUCUAAAUGGGGAGUGUACAAAGCCACAAAGUGAACAAGUCGGUUGGAUUUUUUGUGAUGAUUGCCAGAAUUGGUUCCACAAUAUUUGCAUUUUGGGACGCGAGGAAGCUCCAGAUGAUGAGUUCUUCUAUUGUGGUUGCAAGGCUAAGAAGAAAACGAAAAGGCGAUGA